AUGGCAACCACCCUCGAAACUCCUAUUGGCAUACCAGCAGCAAAAUCUAUCAAUGAUUCUCGUUAUAUUAGGAAUUUGUGUCACGGUCAUGUGGAUUAUCUGGUUGAUGCCUUAAUUAAUAUAAAUCCAGCGGUGAAGGAUUGGUCAACAAUAAGCAAUUUAUUAUUGUGUGGUGAAGCCGGUGAGUUAGCCGAUGAAUUGAUCGAAAUUUUAACUUACUCGGUGAAACAAUCAGUUACUGGGGAAUUACCCAUUGGUAGAAUAUGCCAAUUUAAAAAAGGGUCAGCUGCGGCUAAAAAUGAUCGAUUUAGUCUUGAAGAUAAAACAUGUCUAUCAAAAAUUUUAAUACCGCAAUUACCAUCGCUUCUUUAUCAGUUCAUUGAUGAUCGUGAAAAAGUUGCAAAUUUGAUUACAAUAGCCCUCUACUUUCAGUUAAAUUUAUAUUCCGCAGUAGACAUGGAAAAGCAUUUGAAUAAUUUUAUGAACGCGAUGGAAUGCAUUGUUGAAAAGUAUGAUGAUUAUAAUGUACUCCAAAAUGUCGCUAAAGUAAUGUCGUAUUUCGCUACAGAUAUGACGCAUGAUUUGGUUGCAGAUACUGAAGAUACAGCGGAAGGCGAUUCCACAGUUUGGAAAUUUGAUUCAUAUAGAGUGAGGGAACAUAGUGAAACAUGUCUCUCGAAAAUACUGCAUGGUCUCGCUGAGAAGUUACGCGAUUCAGUGCAAAUUUUUUUCAAAAGGCAAAAGGACGAAAAGAAUAGUGCUUUAAUGCUCACAUCGUUUCGGAAAAUCAUACCUUUUGGAAUUUUCGAAGAUCUGAAUGAUUGGCAAUUAUGGGAACCAGUCUAUAGUUUAAUAAAAAAUUUUGGUGAAAAAAUCUCAUCCGAUAUUCGCGAAAAUGCAAUACUGUUCUUAUCUUCAGCACUUCAGUGGGAAUUGUAUCGGUUUAAUUGUGACAAACGGGAAACCGAUAAAAUUGGAACUUGGAUGAAACUGCUAAAACAUCGCCAAAAUUUUGUGGAGAUGUGUAUAAACAUUUUAAAUGACGGCAGUCCUGGUGCUUAUUUUCUUGAAAGUGUAUUUUUUUGUCUUGUCGAUGCUCUUAUAUCUUUCAACAAUGUCCCUGAUAUGUUUGCUAAGCAGUUGGAAAUUCAUAUAGCAGCAACAGAUGUUGACAAAUUAACGCAUUUAAUAGUCAGUAAUGUAUUCGAUGGUAAAAGUGAAAUAAAUGACCAAAUAGAAUUAAAGAAACGCCGCAUUCUACUUGCUGCUUACUGUAAAUUAAUUUUGCAUGGAAUUUUCGAGAUAUUUGAUGCGUCUCAUUUACUGCGAUUUUAUAAUAAACAUUAUGGUGAUUUCGGCGAUAUUUUCAAAAUUUUUUUGAAUAAAUAUAAAGAAAUUGAUAAAUUGGGCUGUGCAAAAGCAAUGAGUAUUACACUUUGCAAAUGGUAUAACGAUAUUCGGCGAGAUAAUACCUAUGUGGAUCCAUGUUCAGAUGGUUUUAUUGCCAUUCGCGAUCUUGCAAAAAAAUUUUCGAACUUUUUUAGAACAGAUCCUAUCAAAAAUCGAGAAGCGAUUGCAUUGAUUCAUAAGGAUGGUAUUUUAUUCGCUUUAAAAUCAGAAGGAAAUCUUAAGGGCAAUAACCCACAGAAUUUAUCAUUUUUAGAAAUUUUGUCUGAAUUCAGUGGUAAGCUAAUGUCGCAAGAAAAGUCUUUUAUUUUACAUCUUCUGAAGGAAAAUGGAACUGGUGUGGUUCACGAGAAAUCUUAUAUUAUAUAUUUAAAUUCUGUUCAGGUUAUUUUUUUCUAA